CUGCCUCCUGCUCACCAGGCAACUCCAUUCACAACGGAGUUAUAUAGGAGUCAAGGCCAUCUUUCUUCGAAAAUCACCCCAAGAAAGCAAAUACCCAAAAUCGAAAACAUGGUUGUCGCAGAAAUCAUCGAGAGGCUCAACAUCAAUGGCCCCUUCGACCCCCUCGCCGUCAAAAUCAUGGCGGCAAUCUACACCGGCCGCGCAACGCGCGGUUUCUUCCAACCAGACCGGGUCUACGAAGAAUUCACCGGAUCCCCCGUAAGCGGCAGCCAGCCCGCCGCGCGCCUCAUCGCCAACCUCUACUCAAUCUACGAGUUCGCCUACGGGAUGCUGAUGAUGCUCUUGCACGGACAGGGGGAGUAUCGCGCGCUGACAAUUUUGAUUGCGACGAGUGCGUUUAUCCAUGUGGGGUUUGCGGGCGUGGUGCUUUUGCGUGGGGCGCCGAGGGGGAAGGUCAAUGCGCAUUUGGCGAUUGCGGGGUUGUUUGGGCUUUGGUGGUAUUUUUGUCGCGAGGCGUUGGGGGGGAGGAGGGAGUAUAGGAUUACUGUUGAUUAUGGCGCGGGGAAGUAGAUGAAGGGUUGCAUUUAUCGCACGUUGGGGGCCGGAGUUGACUUGCAAUUCCCGAUUUCCAAGUCGAGUCAGGAAUGGAUGGCAGAUGACGAUGCAUCGUGGGGGCCGCGUUGAGGUCAGUGGCGUCGAUAGCGCCAAAGGUUACGAGGUCCAAGGCGCGAGGCGCCGUCAAGCAUUCCAAGCCUUCUCGGCAAGCGGCACCAGAUCUGUUCGUGAACUCUCCGUAGACUCUGUCCAAGUCUCUCAUCUCUAGGAAAGGGGUUCAUUCAUCCGCAGCCCCGGCGAGUCUCCACUGUUUCUACUCUGAAACGUAGCCUUGACGCAUGCAUAGAUGUAAGGAUGCAUGCUCUCUCGUCGCUGUGUAUUCCC